AUGGCGCGCGAGGUGCAGAUGGCGGACGGUGGCGACGACCCCAAGGCGACGCCCGAGGGAGGGGCGGGCGACGGGCGCGAUGCGAAAGGCGAAGGGCAAACCAACGCGCCGCAGACGCCGCAGCAAGUUCUGGCAGAGCUGCAGGCGCAGCGGCCGCUGGUGGAGCGCGCAGUGGUCACGCGCGAGGUGCGCGUGAUGGCGCGCGCCGUGCGUGCCAUGCUGGCGCUGCGCAGGCGGCUGACGGGCGGCGUCGUGCGCGCGUUCGUGCGCGCUAACGUGCACAGCGAGGCGGACGCGCAUUCCACGCUGCUGGCGCUGCUGGCGCAGGUGAGAGCGGCGCGGGGAGUGUUGCGGGGACUGGGUGCAGCGCCCCCCCCCAUGCUGGAUGUGUGCCGCACAUGCAUGCAUGUGCUACACUCGUGCUCUUGUCCCAUGCCCCAUGCACCAUACCACGUGCACCCGCAACUGCCCCCCCUUCCCCCAUCCGUGGUGCAGGCGUGUGAGUGUGCGUGGGCGGCGGUGCGGCGUCUGCAGCAGCUGAACCGGCGCACGUUGGAUGUGUUGGGGGCGCGCAUCUACUUCUACUUCUCCCUCGCUCACGAGCGCACCACCGCCCUCGCCUCCAUCCGCAGCACACUGCUGGCGGCGUUUCAGACGGCCACGCUGCGCCACGACGAGAUCGGGCAGGAGAUGCUGUUGAACCUGCUGCUGCGCAACUACCUGGCGUACAACCUGUACGACCAGGCUGACAAGCUGCGCUCCAAGGCUCUCCGCCCUGACUCCCACUCCAACCAGCAGGUGCCACUCCCACUCCAACCAGCUGGUGCCACUCCCGCUGUCUCUUUUGUUGUGAACUCGCUCGUUGCUGUGAACUCGCUCGUUGCUGUGAACUCGCUCGUUGCUGUGAACUCGCUCGUUGCUGUGAACUCGCUCGUUGCUGUGAACUCGCUCGUUGCUGUGAACUCGCUCGUUGCUGUGAACUCGCUCGUUGCUGUGAACUCGCUCGUUGCUGUGAACUCGCUCGUUGCUGUGAACUCGCUCGUUGCUGUGAACUCGCUCGUUGCUGUGAACUCGCUCGUUGCUGUGAACUCGCUCGUUGCUGUGAACUCGCUCGUUGCUGUGAACUCGCUCGUUGCUGUGAACUCGCUCGUUGCUGUGAACUCGCUCGUUGCUGUGAACUCGCUCGUUGCUGUGAACUCGCUCGUUGCUGUGAACUCGCUCGUUGCUGUGAACUCGCUCGUUGCUGCUCUCCACUGCCUCACCUCUUCUCCCUGCUCCCCCCUUGCUCUCCCCCAUGCUCACUUCCCUGCUCUCCUCCCUGCUCCUCGUCGUACUCGUCUCUACAUGCCAUCCUCGCUCACCACCCCACACCCCCCUGCGAGCGGAGUGCAGUUGUGCAGGCAGCUGUACUACGCGGGGCGCAUAGCGGCGGUGCAGCUGGAGUACAGCGCGGCCAAGGAGUGUCUGCAGCAGGCGGCGCGCAAGGCACCGGCGGCGGCGCUGGGGUUCCGCACGGAGUGCACGCGGUGGCACGUGCUGGUGCGGCUGCUGCUGGGGGAGAUCCCCGAGCGCCACCUCUUUGUGGCGCCCGGCAUGCGCUCCUCAUUGCUGCCCUUCUUCCAACUCACCAAUGUGAGGCCCUUCUUCCAACUCACCAAUGUGAGGCCCUUCUUCCAACUCACCAAUGUGAGGCCCUUCUUCCAACUCACCAAUGUGAGGCCCUUCUUCCAACUCACCAAUGUGAGGCCCUUCUUCCAACUCACCAAUGUGAGGCCCUUCUUCCAACUCACCAAUGUGAGGCCCUUCUUCCAACUCACCAAUGUGAGGCCCUUCUUCCAACUCACCAAUGUGAGGCCCUUCUUCCAACUCACCAAUGUGAGGCCCUUCUUCCAACUCACCAAUGUGAGGCCCUUCUUCCAACUCACCAAUGUGAGGCCCUUCUUCCAACUCACCAAUGUGAGGCCCUUCUUCCAACUCACCAAUGCGGUGCGGGUGGGCGACCUGCAGCUGUUCCACUUGGCGGCCACGCAGCACGCGGCGGUGUUUGCAGCGGGGCACAUGCAGAAGCUCAUUGUGCGCCUGCGCCACAACGUCAUCCGCACGGCGCUGCGCCGCAUCUCCCUGGCGUACUCGCGCAUCUCCCUCGCUGACAUCGCCCUCAAGCUCCACCUCCCCCCGCCCACCGCCGUUGCUGACGUCGAGUGCAUCGUGGCUAAGGCGAUUCGGGACGGGGGCAUAGAGGCGGUGAUUGAUCGGCGGCAGGGGUGCAUGGUGAGCAAGGAGGGAGGCGACAUGUACACCACGCUCGACCCGCAGGCCGCCUUCCACACACGCAUUGCCUACUGCCUCAACCUGCACAAUGAAGCAGUCAAGGCCAUGCAAUUUCCUCCCAACACUCGUAAGGGCGAGGUGGAUGCAGAGGAGAAGAGGAGAGAGAGGCAGCUGGCGGAGCAAGAGUUGGCGCAGCACAUUGCCGAGGAGGGAGACGACGACUUCUGA